AUGUGUCAGAGCACUGUGUCGAAAGUUGUAUCACGUGUUGUCUUAGAAAUGGAAAGGAAGUUGUGCCCAGAAUUCAUACGCUUCGCACCGCAUGAUUCGUUCAGCUGCAAAGAUUGGUUUGUGGAGAAAUAUAAAAUACCUGGAGUCAUUGGCUGCGUAGAUGGUACUCAUAUUGGUUUACAAAAACCUACUGCGGACGAACACAUGUACUUAAAUCGUAAGGGGUACCAUAGUAUCAACGCUAUGAUACAAUCAACUGCCAAUACGGUGGUGCAGCUCAUGAUUCCUUCAUUUGGAAACAUUCCGACCAGAGAAGGGUUUUAG